GAUUGCGGGUUCUUUUUGAGAUGGGCUGGCAUGGCGUCACCGCUCGGCGAGGGCGAGCGCCCCACCCCCUUUUCCCCGUUCCCCUCACCUGUCUCUCCCCUCCUACACCUCGCCCGGAUCUCCCGAAUUCGCCACACAGGGGAAGGUAGCUUGUCAACUUGCGCUCAUUUCCCCCUCCUCCUCUCUUUGCGACCCUCCGGCCGAGCGACACCCGGCUGACUCUCGGGGGCUCCGCCCCUCCCUUUCACACGACAGGCGAUCCUUUUUCGGCUAGGGUUCUCCUCCCGUCCGUCGCGUGGGCCCAAUUCCAGACUCCUCUCCCCCCUCCCAUCCGCCUUCUGUGGUCCCACGUAGGGCCAUAUUAACUUCCCCAGCCCGACAUCAAGUCUCCCAGGCCGUUGGGCAUCCUCAUCAACAUGGUCUUCGGACACGAAAUCCCGGUUGAGAUUCAGCAUCUCAUCCUGUCUCACCUUUCGGCGAUCGAAGUGCAGGCCCUAGCCGAGGACACACUGUCACCCCUCGCCAGCAUCAUCUUCAGCAUUGACUUCCUGCGCUUCUAUUGGUCUCGACGUGUGCGCUUCCCGCUGCCCUACAUCCCAACCAACCCGGAUCCUGGCUCGAGCGCCGCUCUCGCCACCAGCCGCGCCCUGCUGCAAUAUAUUGCAGUUCAUGACCAUACCGCAGUGCUCUGGCGCUAUGGCUCGCCAGCUCAAGCAUCCUUGCACUUUCGCCGGCGCCACUCCUCGGGGGUCAUCCAGCGCCAAGUGAUCCCUCCACGGGCGCCGGUCGGGCCUGGGGCCGUGUCCCCGCCGGUUGUGUGGGCCUUUGGGCCGAAGAUUUUGCAAUCGGCCUCCAGCCGUCAUCUCAGGAGCAUUGCCCUUUCCACGGUGGCCCCCGAGCUGUCUGUCGCUCUUCACUCUGGUGUCCAGGCGAAAUCCAGUCCCAUCGCCCCUGCUGCCACCCAGACGGUGCCUGAAGUUCCCGGUUCGGCGGCAGCCGUCGUUCCCCCUGCCACCGGGACUGCCACCACUACGGCGAGCACUUGCCAGCCCAUUCGUGCCUUUGGCAUCAGCAUUGAGCAUGGCCCGGGACAAUCGUCGCUCCUUGUGACUCUCGACGAUCUGACCCCCCUGCAACUGACCUUCCCGGAUGGUGCAAUGGCCAUCCAUGUGUGUCCCCAUACCCUCUCAGUACUCGCCAUUCACCGGGAACGCAUGGAGUUCAUAGCCAGCCUGGGAAGUGUCAUCAGUCGACACUUGCAGCAUGGCCCAACGCGCUUCCCCUCGCGAGUCCGCCUUCGCAAUAGCAUCGAUUCCCAGCGCUUCCCAUCUUUCCGUCCGAGCGUCCCGAUUGACCAGGUGGGCUUUCACCCUUCCCGGCCCGGGGCCUUUACCUUUUUCAAUGCUUCCGGAUCCGUGGUCUUUGCCAGCGAAUUCCCCUCCGAUCGGCCGACUGCCGUGCGGCCGCCGGCUCGUGCCUGGACUCGACUCGCCACCGCACCGAUCCUUCACAUGUUCCUGCUCGGGGAUGGCCUGGACACCUUCUCCCCACGGGUGCUCAAUGAGGCCCUGGUGUAUGAAUUGUAUCCUGGCUGUGAUGCCUCCUUCAGCAAGGCCUCCAGAGCUCAACCGCUUGAGACAUUGUACCAUCCCUGUCGACUGCUUGGCGCUCAGCACCUGCCGGAUUCACGCCUGCAGGGGGUCCACUUCUUGCUGUUCCAGCGCGGAGACCCCGAACCAGCCACGACGGAUGCCCAUGCAUCGAGUGGCACCAACAUCCACAAACAGAGCCUUGAUGAGGUAUGCUCCUGGAUUGACGUCAUGGACAAUCAAACCUGCAAGUUAGUGGCUCGCCUGGUUCUGCCUGCGCGAUGUGUCAUUUCUGGGCCAGUCACAAUGGCCAAUCUCUUCCAAUCCACCGAAGAUCUUUUCACAGCGGAUCAAAUGACCCCGGCACAAAACCAACUGGCCCCGCUGCUGGUUGGUGAUACCACCGGCAAUGUGCAUCUCUGGGAUUUGGCCUCGGUGCUUCAACAAAACUCCGGGUCGUCUACCCUGCCGAUCCCCGCCCCACCCAGGCUUUCUCACCGCCCGGCACAAACCUUCUGGAGUCACAGCGAGAACAGCUCCUUCCCAGUGCGCUUGAUUUCCUGCGAGGGCCCUUUCAUGCUUGUGCAGCUGGACACUGGAGCGGUCUUCAUCCACUCCCUUUUCAAUACCAGCCGCUGGAUUCGGCACUUUUCCUUCCGGAGCAUUGUCGAGCGCUUGCUCGGCAUGAAGAAUGGCCCGGGAAACAUGGUGCCCGGUUCGGUGCGUGUGUGCCUGACCCCUGGUGGCCAGGGGCUCUUUGUUUCGACCGGUAAUCGCAUGGCCGCCGUGCGAAUGAUCCAACCCCAGGAUACCCGGACCGUGAAGUCGAAGACUGCCACCGGCGUCCCGGCCGCCGCCACCACCACCACUACCACCGAGCCGUCGGCCGUUUCGUCAGAGCCAUCAUUGGAGCGCCUGCGCCGGGCGGCUGCCCAUCACUCGGCCAUGCUCCUGAACCAGGACAUCCGCAAUGACCUGGAAAGUCUCUCCGAGGAGCGCUUCCAUGGAAAUGUCGCGGCCCAGCGUAUGCAAGGGCGCUUCCUGAUUGAGGGUCUCACCCCGGACGAGGCUCUUCAGUACGCCCUCAUGCUCUCGAUGGAGGAAACCGAGCAAAGGCCACCCAAGCAGGGGAAGCCGUCCGGUCAAAAUGCCCAUUCAGAGAGCUAUUACUCGGAGGAUUUCGAUGAGCUUAGUACAUCGGAGGAUCAGCCUGACGACAUUACUGGCGAGGGGUCUCGCACUGCGGUCACACCGUCCGAGGCCCCGGGCGCCGCCCAAGCCGCCGAGCAGCGUAGCACUCUCCUGGUUUUGCAAUCCAUCUCUCCCCAGCAUGCUGCCAUUUUGCGAGACCUGUCGCCGACCGUCCGGGAUGGGGUCUACAUUCUGAUUCGAUAUCUCGGUUUGCUGCCGUCAAACAUCGAUCAGCACCUCCUCCGGGACCUGGUCAUUCGAGCCGAGCACCACCAGAGUGACACUUUCUUGCUGGGGCUGUCCCUUGGUUUGCUUCCUUCAAGCAGUAGCAGUGGCGACAGCUGCAGCAGCGGCACCAUCGGCGGCGCCGGUGAAGCCCAGACUUCGGCGCCAGGGUUGUCAUCGGCCUCCAUGCUGGCGCUGGCUUCCACAUCAGGAGAGGAGGUUGCCCUGGCAGGAGGAUCGCCCAGUCAGCCAGAGAGGCCUGUCUUCCGCCCGGAGGAUGGCUGGCUUGAGGCACGCGAUGGCAGUGAUAGCGACAGCGAGCUACAGCAAGCCAUCCGCGAGUCGCUGGCUCUGCAUGAAGCCGAGCAGGCCCGAGCUCGGGACGCUCAAACACGAGAGAUGUUGGCAAGCACCCAGGAGUUUCCUUCUCUUCAAGAGGGGACAGGAUCUGGCGGUCCCAGUGCCGCCGUCGCUGCCCGGGCGUCUGCGUGGUCUGCCAUUGCCAAGAGGGCCGGCCCGACUAGGCGCCCAUGAAGGCCAUACCGGGCGACGGCAAUAUACUCCCCUUCCUCCUUCGUCGACCCCCUGGGGAUUGAACCAUGUCCUUGCGAGAAAUAUACCAUCAUUCGGCACGCAUA